CUCUGUGGCUGUGACACUAGGCGGAAAAUAGAAAUCGAUUAUUUGACACUUUUCAUAGUGCUUUCCUUUCACAAUCAUCAAUCGAGAAAUCGAGAUUACAAUACCGCUCGCGAUGUCAUGAAACCAAAUUUAAAUGAGAGCGCGCAGAUAAAUAAAUAAAUAAUAAGAUAACUAGCCACGUAUAGCACCUCAUCGUUCGUUGCCUUAUCAGUGUGCCUUAUUUCAAUACAUAUUUUGAAAGGUGUUCAUUGAUAAAUACAAUUUUUCUGUGUAGUUGACAGGGUACCGGGAAUACUAGAAAAGUAGAAAGUUUCGCCUGUUAAGUCAUUCCGAAGCAUACAGAUAAAUAUCAAUCAUGUCCAAGAUGAAUAUGAACUGCAGUAAUAGAGCAAUCAAAUAUCUUAUGUUUACCUUUAAUUUCAUGUUUGUGAUAACAGGCAUAAUAUUAAUAGGUGUUGGAGCAAAAGUAAAAUCCAACUAUGCUACGUAUGACAGUGCACUGGAUGGGAAGUAUUUCUCUCUACCAAAUCUACUUAUUGCCACUGGUGUCAUCAUAUUGUUGAUUUCAUUCCUAGGAUGCUAUGGUGCAAUGAAAGAAAACUGGAUAAUGCUCAUGGCGUUUUCAGUGCUACUAGGGGUUAUUUUUAUAUUUGAAUUCUCCGCUGGUAUAGCAGGUUAUGUUUUGAGGGACAAGACUUCAGCUUAUUUGGAACAAGAAUUGACACGAAGUAUGAAUUUAUAUACCAAAGAUAUAACAACAGCAAUCAUGUGGGAUACCAUACAAGAAGAGUUUGAAUGUUGUGGGGUGAAAAACUUUGGAGACUGGGAGGAGCAAACAUUUCAUAAUAAAUCCCUUCCAAUAUCGUGUUGCCCAAAGAAAGAAGGUGUCAUUGGAGUAUUUUACUGUAAUGCUGAACCAAUGGCCACUACAGUGCCAACUGGUAAAGAUGAUACUACGCCAUCUACGACACCUAAACCAUCUACGACACCUACACCAUCUACGCCUUCUACACUAUCUACAGAAUCGCCAACCAAAAAAAACGAAACUGAAUCAAGACAGAGAAGGGAUAUAGCAGGUGAUGCACCUACCACUACACAAUAUCCUGGUACCAGUACAUCACCGUAUCCUCGAGGUUGUGAAGCAGCAUUUGGCAGUUUUGUGAAGGCACAUGCAGUUGAUAUUGGGGGCCUUUGUUUUGCAUUGGCUGUUAUUCAGCUCAUUGGUAUCGGAUUCGCAUUCCAUUUGGCAAGGCAGGUGAAAAAUGGUUACUAUAGCACCUAAGUGAUCAGUUCCUAAGAAAUAUUCUAGUAACUACCAAAACCAUAGUAUCUUUUGAAAUGUGAACAUUUUUAGUUUAACGAGGCAACAGUACUUAAUUUGCGAUUGAUUUAUAGCUAUUAUGUGUACAUUAACUAGUUAAAAACAUUUGUGUGCUGUUAGUCAUGUUUAACUGCAGGGUUGAUUAAUAUCACUUCAUAACAGACUUUUCUCUGUCUCCUUAUUGUAAAAUAAUGAAUUGCAACAAAAACAUCCCGGUGUGGUAAAUUUUAGUUUGUCAGGUUUAGUUUGAAUGGUGAUUUUAAUUAGUGAAUCGAAACGUGACGUGUAAUUUAAUAUGGCGGUUGAUGGCACUCUGAGGUUUUGUUCAUUUUCGAAAAAAUGUGCUGAAUCCCAAAAAUGAUUUUCGAACACGUAACUUUGACAAAGCAUGUCCACUUCUGCUGAAGGAUAAUCGGUCGUGUGUCCAUAUUUUCCUACACGCUGUCACUUAUAACACAGGCUGUAGAAGUGGUCAUAGAAACAGUUAAACAUGAUUGCGCUAGUCGUCAAGCGAAAAUGACUGCCGAACUUUUACCUACAUGUACCUAGAUUGAUAACUUGAAGGUAAUAUUCAAGCCAUCAUCGGUCAUAUUGGAUAACGAGACUAGGAUUGACCAAUUAUUAGAUUAUAUUUAGUUCAUAGCCAAAAUAACAAGUUCCACUAUCACAGUAUAGAUUUGCAUAAGAUAGAAAUCACACUAAAGAUUUAUAAAGUUACCAUUUUUGCACAGUUUUAGUCUACUAAUAUUUUAUAUCCUUCACCAUGUUGUAGUCAUAAGGGAACAUAUUGUGAUUGAAGGUGUCAUAGCUAUAGCCUUAUAUGUGAAGUAUAGAUAGUAUUCAGUAUUUUGGGCCUACCAAAACAAAAUCUUACAAGCUAGCAUAAACUGUUGUUAUAGGAUAUAUUCGGAAUUUAGAAAUAUGCUAUGUUUUAAAAUAUCAAGACUACUUAUUAAUUGCAAAGGAAUUGAAAUAUAUCGGCUUGUGAUUCACUUUUUCAUACACAACAACGAUGGCAUCAUAGAUAUAUGAUGGCAUUGAACUAUUUGAUCUGGCUUUUUGGUUUUGAAUAGUUGGAAUAUUUUUAUUCAGUAUCGUCGGUUUGGAAGAAAGCUGUCACAAACUAGUUAUAUAGCUUUCGUUCGUCCGAUCUCAGGUGGCCAACUAUGGACAGCUGUUUCAUGCUAUUUGGCAACUCUUCAGCAAGAUGUAGGCUUGGUCUCGGUGGACAUCGAAUGAAAGCAUAUUAAUAGUUUGUUCAAUGGCGAGUAGGCUAGAGGACCAGAAUCGGCAGUAUCUAACGGCCACAGUGCUGGCCCGGCUGACAAUGCAAACUGACAUACAGUUCCAACAUACAGCUUGAUGCUUGACUUUCGCAGUGGUCGAUUCUGGUAAUAGACAAUGACUGUCUCAACACAAAAAUCAAUAAUAUUCAGCAGAAGGGUUUUAAAUAGUUCAUUAUCAAUGGGAAGUAUUGAGCCUCAAAUAAAUUGUAUGGCAUUAUUCCUGAUAUUAACUGAUUGAUUGAUUCUUUAUUUAUUCUUGAGAUCUCGACAAGAGAUAUAGAACAUGUCAUUCAAUUUAAAAUAAAGUACCAUGAAAUUACAUUGUCAGACAAGAAUUCAUUCACUGCAUAGCAGGUUUUGCUCAAUAAAAGUUACUUAAUAUUUUUCUUGAAAAUUCAGAUGUUGUAUUUAAUCUUGCUGGUAGUUUAUUAUAGAUCCUAAUAUCCAUAUGCUUUGGACUAUGUUCCGAUUUGGUAACCCUGUGUGAUGGAAAUUCCAGCAAAUAUGAGUUUCUAGUAGUAUGGUAUAGUGUACACUAUUCAGCACUUGAUGAAGUUCUUUGUUUGCUCUUGCAUAAGGUAAGGUAUACAUGUAUUCACAUACCAUAGUCAUGAUUCUAUGUAUUUGAAUACAUCAUAAUAUACAAUAUUAUGUUAUCACCACUUCCAUGUCUGCAGUAUUCCUCAGUUGGUUGAUACAAUAUGACACAGGAGCCAACUUUUUGCAUACAGUUUAAAAUCCAACAGUAUUCUGUAACUGAUCCAUUUCCGGGGAUUUUUAAUCUCAUUUCCAUCCCAAACCUGUCUUUUCGGACGGAGAAACAAAUAAGGUUGGUCUAUAGAAUUGCCAAAAUGGCGAUUUUUGAGUUGUGACAGUAGUUUGCUUCCAAGCUAACGAUAUGUUGUUACCCUUUUUCUACCGAAUAUGGAAUUAAUUUUCAAGAGAUAUAUAUUGAAUGUUUCUCCAAUAAUGGUCAAUGCCCUAUAUGACAUAUUCACCAAAAUAUAUUUUGUAAGAUUUUUGGUAGGCUAUCCAAGCUAUUAUUCCUCAAUGUUGGUUCACCUGACCCCUCGCUCCAACAUAGCUUUCCAGGUUUAAGUCGCUAGCAAGUAUGCGAUUUACCGAUCUCACUGCUGGCCACCGGCGAUGCGGUGUUGCCCUGUUUAACUCCGUAGUGAAAAAGAUACACGAGAAAGUAUAUUUGCUGACUUUCAUACACCAAGCUAAUUAUUUUUAUUGAAUAACCAAUAUUUUUACCCUUUUCAACAUUUGGGGUUGUUUACAUAUGUAUAAUGUAAAUUAAAUUAGGAUAAGUUGUUGUGAAUAUAUGUUUUCUUUAUUGUUAUGUUUACGAGAAUGCCUACUGAAUAAACAGUAUUUCAAACGGAA